GGAUAGGUCGCCUUUGCAGCAGCAGGAGAAUAAUCGACAUUGUUCAAAGAGGAGUUGGUUUUCGAGGACAUUUCUGGGGAGGCAGGUCUCGGGUGGGAGUGGGGUUGCGAGUUUGAGUGGGCGGUCGAUGACUACGACGGGGGCGGAAGGGGGGGAGGAUCAAAAGGGGAAGAAGAUGGUGAAGCAUAAGAGGAGCGUGAGUGAUUUGGCCAUGCAUUUGGUGAAUGGGGUGAUGAUGAGGAGGGAUUCGCUCAAGGAUGAGGACCUGCAGAGCUUGGUGAGGCUGUGCGGGAAGAGCUUCUUGUAUCUGCCGAGCGAGUAUGCGGCGGGAUCGCUGGUGCUGCCGACGUGCUUUCGGGCGACGGCGCAAUAUCUGGUUCAGCAUGCGGCAGAUACUCAGGGGGUGUUUCGCAUUCCGGGAUCGGUGAGGGUGGUGAAUGCGCUGUAUGAGUAUUAUUGCUGUGCCGAGGGGGACAAGGACGAGAUUGCGAGUACGAUUCGGUGUCCGAAUCUGCCGAGUCAUAUCAAGGUUGGGACGCACGAUGUGGCCUCGACGUUUAAACGGUUGCUGGCGGGACUGCCGGGGGGGAUAUUGGGGAGUUUGGCCUUGUUUGAUGCCUUGGUGGCUAUUCACAGUCAGCUGAAGGGGGAUCCCGAGUUUCCGAGGACGAAGCAGACGAAGUUGAGGGCGAGGUUGAUUGCGCUUGCUAUUGGCACGGUCAAGUCGCAGUUCCGGAGGGAGUUGAUUUGUGCCGUGUUUGGGUUGCUGUGUUUGAUUGGGAGGACGGCGGAGAAGACUCCCAGGGAGGAUGAACUGGGACGGCCGCUGCCUACGGCGGAUUUGAUGGGGUAUAAUGCUUUGGGGAUUGUGUUUGGGCCGUUGUUGGUGGGGGAUUUGAUUCAUGGAUAUACGAUGAGGAUUGCAAAUCCAAAUCAGGGGCUGGUGUUGUUUCCUGUUACGCCACCUGCUGCCAGACGAGAGAGGAGGAAGUGUAAAACGUCCACAGAUACGGAGGCUACUCAUUCGCGGCGAGGGGCGUUGUCUGUUGACAAGAUACAUGUUGCGAACAGCAUUGCUGAGAUGCUGAUUGUGCACUGGCGGGAGGUUGUCAAGCAUAUGAAGAACCUGGACGUGCUCAAGUCCAGCCCGACGGCAAUCUCGGAGCAGCAUGCUCGGCAUCACUACCGGCAGCAGGAGUCUCUGCAGGACAAGGCUGGUGGGCUCAGACCUUCUGCGUCUGAGUCGUUUGUGGUGAGAAAGCCUGCGGAAUGGGGGAGCGGGUUGAGAAAUCGUCACUCGAGGCAAUCCGAAGAAGGAGGAUCACCUAUUCCGCCUAGUCCUACUCCUGACGCUAGACGAGCAUCCGGUGGAGGGCCGGGACGACUCGGGAUGAGCCGGUCUUCACUUUCGGUGCAGCGGCAACGGCCAAGGACUGGGAAUGCUCGCUCUUCGUCCCAACAUCGAGUUGGCGCGAUGGCCUCCAUGCCGUUGUUGUCGCCCACUGCUGAGGAGCCAUCGCUCGCGGACCCGGAAGCAACAUCCCCGACGGGCCAUCACCAUAAUCAGAAUUACCACGAUGCCGCUGGUGAGCAGAUGUAUGGAUACCCUCCCGCUCCUUUGGAAACCGUUCAGUAUGCAGCCAUGGAGGAGCCUCUCUCUCUUCGCCAACGACCCCCACCUUGGGCUCCAGGAGAAUCAGUGCUGACGAGCUCGUCAACCGGCGCCGGAACAGCAGGUACUCGUUAUCCCACUCCAGACAACAUCAGCAUGAACGUCCCCGAGAUGCCGAGAGGGCCCUCUCCUGCCUCUCCGACUCCGACGGCCAGACGUCGACUUGUGAUCUCCGCAGAUUCCAUCCGAUUUAAGAACGACGUGGCGGGAAGCAUGAGAGCGGAGAAGAAGCGGUUGAGUCAGCUGAGUUUGAACAAACGAGCAGACAAUGAUGACCAGUUUAAGGAUAUGGCAGAGAUGAAUACAGAAAAUACAGGAGGACUUCAACGUACCAAAAAUAAGGGUUGUCGAGUAAAAAGACCAUCUGGUUCCUUCAGCAGUGCUCGGAGCAGGGACCGGAGUUCCGAGGACCACCAAAGAGGAUCAUCUCAAGAUACUGCAAGACCGAUAGUCGUUCCGGGGUCCUUUACUGUGUCUUCGCCAGCUCGGGUGGAAAAUAAGGGUCUGCGAGAUGAUUUACCGCGGAGCGAUGUCUCUGGACAGAAACGGUCCAGGCUUGCUGCCUGGCGAUCAAGGCAUCGGGGUGCUUCAACGGAUACUGAGAGUCCCUCUGCUCAACCGACAAGUCCACGAUUCAUACCCUUUCGCUCGCGCAAGUCUCUUGGGUCGUCAGAGCAGCCCGGAGGAUCUCCCACCGCCGGGGAGAGAAGGCAGCAGAUCGGAAAGGAGAGGAGGUCGUCGCAAACUAGGACAUCCAUGAGCACCACUUCGCAUGAUGAUGAUAAGGUCAUCAGCACGACGAGUAGUGGUGAUAUUAGGGAGAAGAGACUCUCGAGGCUGGACAAUGCACGCAAGAAGUCGUCUCCUCUACCCAAGACACCGCAGCAGAGCCCUGACAAGCGGGCAACGACGAUCGUCGAGUCUACUACUCCUGUCACUGCUACCCCUGGUACCACGGUGCAGCAUUACCUGAGACCGGUCACGUCAGUCGGCAGCGCGGUCAAGGCCAUGGCGGCGAUGUUUGAGAGCGCGAGCAAAGAGGAGGCGUUUGUGCCGUCGCCUAUGCAGAAGGUUGGGGGGGGAAGCCUUGAUUUGAAGCCGAGUGGGGUGUUGGCGCAGUAUACGGUUAACCCUUCGCCGAGGAAGGGGGUUUCGCCGUCGAAGUCGAUGUCGCCGUUGAAGCCGCCGCCGCCAGCUUGUCCGGUUAAGCAGAUUGAGAUGAGGAAGUCUGAGAGUAUGCCAGGGGAGGUGGUGGAGAGGGGACGGACGUUGGUGCCGCCUGUUGUGCCGGUGAGGAGGUCGAAGGGGAGUGUGGAGGCUGCGGCUGUUUGGGGGGCGAGUCCGGGGAGGUUGAGGAGUCCGGUUGAGGUUGAGAAGAUGCCGGGGGUUGUGGGGGAGGGUAGCGAUGAGCUUGAGGCUGCGAUGGAGAAGGCGAAGGCUACUGGGGUUGUUGCGGGUGCGGAAAAGGGGGUGGAUGAGGAGAUGGUGGUGACACCGGCUCCUCCUGAGCGGGAGGCAGCUCGUAGGCCGAGUUCAGAGGUUACUACACCUAAGCAUCGUGUCAGCUUUUCCCGGACUACGAGAAACGAUGAUGACUCACACGUCACAGUCAAGGAGAAGUGGUCUGCACCUUCUAGAGCUUCGAGUUUUGGUGACCAUCCAGGGUUUCCUGAGCAACAGCAGGAAGAAGAGGAGCGGAGUGCCGGCCGGCAAAAAUCGCAGACGAUUGCUCUGGAGGCUCAGAUUCGCAGUUUGCAGAUGCAGUUGGUGGAAAAGUCGGGGCAGAUUAUGCAGUUGACGAGGGAGUUGGUUGUCAAGGCGGAUGUCGGGGAGGAGUGCGAGAGGUUGAGGGAGAGGUUGAGGGAGGUGGAAAUGGAGAGGGAUAUGUGGAAGGGGAGGGCGGAGAAGGCGGAGGAGAGGGUUGGGAUGUUUGAGAGGGUUAGGGAACGGGCGAGGGCCAGGGAGGUGGGUGGUGAGGGGGAGGGAGUAGGGGUGUUGGAUGGGGUGGAUGAUUUUAUGGAGGAGUGUUAUACGGGGGGGUAUGAUGAGGUUGGGGGUUGGGAACAGAAGGGGGAGGUGGUGAGUGGGUAUAACCAGCCGGCGGUUGUUAUUGAGGCGCCGGAGCAACAGCGUCAGUAUCUACAACCGGAACAAAACACCCUGUCUCUUCACCCCAGUGGGAACGGACAGAAGAAACCCGUCCACAGUCCUUCUCUCAGCCCGAUGCCAUCUUUAGAACUGCAGCAGGUUGAGCAAAGACAAGGAGGAGAGGAAAGUUUUACGGAAAGGAUGAAGAGAAGGUUUAGAGGUUUGCCGAGGGAGGCGAGCAGUGCUAUUGCUAGUAUUGAGAACAGUAGGAGUAGUGCGGGGAGUCCGUAUGAUAUGGAUGAGGAGUAUCCUGCGGAGAUCUUGCCUUUUCCGCCUCCGCCUGUAUCACCCAGGCAUAGGGAUAGGGACCGUGGGGAUGGGGCUGAUGGGAAUGAAGAUACGAGUAGUAUGUGGAGGGCGGCGGAGGAGAUGUUUAGUGGGGUUAAGAGGCAGUGUUAG